UCGUGAAAAUAUUGACAUCACACUUGAUAACACGUUGCUACAAUUAAAAUUAUUUGCAUUGAAUUCAAAGACACACAGACUGGUCCGUUUCGUACGUCGUCGAUAACGUCGAUAUCUUUAACCUGCUCUUUAUAGCGCGCAGAAGACGUCGUUAGUGCAAACAGUAGUUUUAUAUCAAGUGUUAUACACAAAGUUCAUUCGAUAUACUGACACCGUACAGUGCGCACGUCGUUGUGUUAAACCAAAUAGUGAAAGUGGUUGUGAUAAGUUCUGUGCGGAUGAGUCUGCGGUAGCGUUUCAGUGAAUUAUGGAGAGCGCAGUACACGCAGCCGUCCCGCUGAGGGUCGGGAAAAAGAUGAGGAAACGAAGGGAAUUGGACGCUUUGGUCGGCGGCGGCGGCUCUCGCGGCGGCAGGCUGCUGUCCGCGUCGAGCGAUGAGGGGGAACCCUGGGGCAGGAGAGCUACUAGACGACGUCGCUCCAGACCGUUCGUGCGGCUCGCUGCCGGCCUGGCGCUGUGUGUGUGCGUGGUGUCCGCCGCGACAGUACUGUGGCUGUUCGUGGACGUGCGACGGCAGAUAGUCUCACUACGUAUUGAGAUGGACAGAGUAUCAACGAGCAGCGAAAGCGUCGGUGACGCAUUACAAAUAUGCCACACUACUGCGAAAGAACUGCAAGCCAACACAAGCGAUCUGAACACGAGGCUUGCUAAACUAGAACACGAGCACCAGGAGUUGGUGCUGCGCGUGAAGCAAGUGGCCGGCGACCUGACGGCCGUGUCGGACAAGCUGGUCGCCACACCGAACUUGGCCGACACGCCGCGCCGGCUGGCUGAACUGCAGAGGGCUGUUGCCGAUUUCGGGUCACAGAUGAACGGAUACGACGGAUCACUGAACUCUGCGAAGAAGCAAGCCCUCACGGCGGUAUCAGGAGUGGAGGAAGUACGGAAUCUCCUCCACCAAAUAGACGCAAGAACGAAUGAGACUAUAGCCAACGUGACGGAGAACGUGAAGAGAGAUGAGCAGAUCAAAAACGAUAUAACAGCACUGAAUAACACGCUAGAAGCCAAACUAGUUGCCUUGCAAACGAGGAUAGAAGAAAUCAGUAAGCCCACAAGCACGGCGGCACCGACGGUCGCCACGCCGCCCACUACCAGCAGCACGACAGCGUCCACCACCACACCAUCAACCACGACAACGCCGCCGCCGCCCCCAGGUAUUAACGAUACGUCAUAACCAGGGCCCGCGAAACCUUUCCUGCUACAAUGAUGGAAACACAACAUUCCAUUUAUAAGUUCGUGAAGCUCACAUCUUGAUCUCAAGAUACCUUACGUCCACACGACAAAUAUACGAAACGUAGGCGUUCUUCGGAUGCAGUAGAGAAAAGGAUACCCUCCAAAGUUAAUGUUAAGGAAUGUGGGAGUACUGAGUCGUCAGAGCAGUUACGACUUUGUACGUCGGAACGUUGGACGUGGCCAUAUUUCUCAGUUAGUACUUAAAGCGAACUUGAUUUGUACAAUACAAUUGAGAAAUUCAUAAUUGUUAAUACUGAUACGUGAAACGAAACGUGUAGGUUCGGUGUUGCCACAAAUUGACUCGAAAUAAAAACCUUCAUUUAAUGUUAUGAAGUAAAAUGCCAAUGUUAUGAUUAUUAGCUCGUGGUAUCACUCAGAUAAUGAGGGAAACAUAAUAAAUUGCAAUAAGUGCCGAGAGCUAGUUUGAUAAACUAAUGUAAAUAUAUGACAUAAUUAUAAUAAUUUAGUUGUACAAGACGGUCGCACCGGGUGUUAAUGAGUUGUCGAUAUGAGUGUGAGUUUAUUAUUUGUAAUAAAUUAUUGUUAAUAGAUCAAUUAUUAUUAUUAAAAUAAUCGUUUAGAUUA